AUGCCAGCUAGUGAAUCGCGACUACCAGAUUCUAAAGCUACGGGAGGAGCGCACCGGGAUGGUGAUUGGACUGAUCUCUUCGUCCACAACGUCUACAAUCGACCAGACACGGGCACGCCCUUCGUGCUACGAAACGAGCUACGCAAGAGACCACACGGCGAACAUAUCAUCGUGGGGGACAUGAAUAUCCAUCAUCCUCUUUGGGAAAGCCCAGGCACCGACAUCGAUCAAGAAGCUGAAGAUCUCUUGAUUGUUCUAGACGAGUCCAAAAUAGACCUGCUCACAGAAGAAGGGAAGCUCACCUGGGAGCGCGGAGGUUAUCAUCAGUCAUCGAUCUCACUUUUGUAA